AUGCAGGCGGAAUCCGGGAUCGUCCCGGACUUCGAGGUGGCGGAGGAGUUCCAGGAGGAACCGAAGACCUACUACGAGCUGAAGAGCCAGCCGCUGAGAAGCAGGUCAGGAGCAGGAGCACACCUGCAGACACUAGAUUACAGACGCUUCCCAUUAUCACUGAUGUUUCUUGCUAAUGUGGACUUAAGCUGUAAAAGCAGCGGCUGCCUUUUCCCGUCGGAGCAGCACGGCUCCUCCAAGCCCCCGCUGAGCUCCUCGGCCAUGACAUCGCGCAUCCUGCUGCGGCAACAGCUGAUGCGGGAGCAGCUCCAGGAGCAGGAGCGGCGGGAGCAGCGGAGACAACAGGCUUCCCAGUACCCACAAACCACGGCGGCCCAGACCCCCGCCAUCAACGUCAGCGUGCCCGCCAGCUUGCCGCCUGCUGCCCAGGUGCCGAUGGAGGUGCUGAAGGUUCAGACUCACCUGGAGAACCCAACCAAAUACCACAUCCAGCGCUCCCAGCAGCAGCAGGUGAAGCAGUACCUGGGGAAGCUCGGCCCUCAGGUGUUGAGCCUGCCCUGCCACAACCAGCCCUCUGACCACGGGGGCAUGCCGCCAGGGCCGGGCAACAGUGCCCCCAACAGCCCUAUGGCCUUACUCACCCUGAACAACAACUGCGAGAAAGAGAUGGAUGAUGUCAUCGAUGACAUUAUCAGUCUGGAGUCCAGUUACAGCGAUGACAUCCUCGGCCUUAUGGACCCGGGACUUCAGAUGGCGAACACAAUCCCCAUGCAGGCUAACAUCAUGGACAUGUAUGGUAAUCAGGGUAUGGCCCAGCAAGGUCUGCCCAUCAGCAACUCCUGCCCUGCCAACCUGCCAAACAUCAAAAGGGAAUACUCCGUUUCACAAUCCCCGGCCAUCAUGCACAUGCUGGAUAAGUCUGGUUCCUGUGGCAAGUUUGAGAACUACCAGCGGCCUGAAGGUUUCCCCGUGGAAGUAAGAGCAAUGGCAAAGGAAAGGCAGAAGAAGGAUAACCACAAUUUGAUUGAGAGAAGACGACGGUUCAACAUAAACGAUCGAAUCAAAGAGUUGGGGACUCUGAUUCCAAAGUCUAACGACCCGGACAUGCGCUGGAACAAAGGAACCAUCCUGAAGGCCUCGGUGGACUACAUCAGGAAGAUGCAGCGAGAGCAGCUGAGGGCAAAGGAGCUGGAGAUUCGGCAGAAGAAGCUUGAACAUGCCAACAGACAUCUGAUGCUGAGGAUACAGGAGUUGGAGAUGCAGGCCCGGGCUCACGGCCUCAGCAUCGUGUCCUCCCUCUGCUCCGCCGACCUGGGGCCCCGGGGCGUCAAGAUGGAGCCCUCCCUGGAGGACUGCCACCCGGACCUGUACACGUUCCACCCACACCACCAACACCACCCGGCCUGCACCCCCGAGCCGCCCGGCGCCCUGGAGCUGAGCGACGGCCACUCCAACUACCAGGACGGCCACUACAGCGUCCAGGGCAAGCCCGGCUCCAAACUCAACGACAUCCUCAUGGAAGACAACCAGUCGCCGGUGAGGGGGGGGGACCCUUUGCUCUCGUCCGUCUCCCCGGACACGUCGAAGGACAGCAGCCGCAAGAGCAGUGUCAGCAUGGAUGAGAACGAGGAGGACUGUUAGCACCCCCUCCUGGAAGACAGCGCACCUGCAUCUCCAACAACAUCCUCCAACUCGCUCUCAGCUGCUGGACUCGCUCUCCUCUUUGUCUCAUUUGGGGUUUUUGUU